UUUUUAAAUUUUAUUUUGGUGUUAUGAAUUUUGUGGGACUGUUAAUUGUUGAAAUUAUUUCAAUAUUUUGUGAUUUUAAAUAGGAUGUUUUGAUGAAGGAGCAAUCGAUGACGAGCAAAUCAGGCGAUUGUUCUUCCCAGGUACCGUCACAAGGAGAGAAUGUAACUGAUACUUCUCCUCAGGCCGGGACACCGGAGCUUCAGACAUCACGGUCCCGGAAUCAGGUGUUCAAGAGUGGGCCUCUCUAUAUAUCAUCCAAAGGAAUUGGAUGGACUUCUUGGAAGAAGAGAUGGUUCAUUUUGACGCGCACAUCUCUAGUUUUUUUUCGAAGUGAUCCUAGUGCAACACCCCAAAAGGGCGGUGAGGUGAAUCUAACCCUUGGUGGUAUAGACCUAAACAACUCCGCCAGUGUGGAAAUCAAAACAGAUAAGAAGCUAUUGACCGUGUUCUUCCCUGAUGGUCGGGAUGGCCGAGCUUUUACACUUAAGGCAGAAACUUUGGAGGAUUUACAGGAGUGGAAGACAGCACUUGAGAAUGCUUUGGCACUGGCACCAAAUGCAGCCCACAGUGCAGGACAAAAUGGGAUUUUAAAAAGUGAGCAAGUUGAUGAUGUUAAUGGUGCUGCUGAUCAACAUACUGAUGGGCCACCUGGAAAAUCUAUGGUAAUUGGUAGGCCGAUUUUACUCGCUUUGGAAGAUAUAGAUGGAUCACCUUCUUUCUUGGAGAAAGCCCUCAGAUUCAUUGAAGAUCAUGGAGUCAAUGUUGAAGGAGUUUUGCGGCAAGCUGCAGAUGUAGAUGAAGUUUAUCGCCGUGUUCGAGAAUAUGAACAAGGUAAAACUGAGUUCUCCCCCAGCGAGGAUGCUCAUGUCAUUGGCGACUGUAUUAAGUACAUCUUAAGGGAAUUACCAUCUUCUCCAGUUCCAGCAUCUUGUUGUAAUGCACUGUUAGAAGCAUUUCGAAGUGAACGAAACAACAGGCUUAAUGCUAUGCGCAUGGCAAUACUUGAAACAUUUCCGGAGCCUAACCGACAAUUACUGCAGAGGAUACUCAUGAUGAUGCUAACAGUGGCUUCCAACAAGGCAGUAAAUCGGAUGAGCACAUCAGCAGUGGCUGCUUGCAUGUCUCCUUUGCUUCUGCGACCUCUUCUUGCUGGUGAUUGUGAACUUGGAGAUACACAAAUGGAUGUGGCUGGAGAUGGUUCUUUCCAACUUCUUCAAGCAGCAGCAGCAGCAAACCAUGCUCAAGCUAUCAUUAUUACUCUACUAGAUGAAUACGACAAAAUUUUUGGGGAAGGUUCGAUGUCGGACAGUGGUUUGUUCUCUGACUCAGAUGAGAGUGGAAGCGGGACAGAGGAGGCCAGUGAUGAUGAAAUGUAUGAAGAUGAUGAUGAUUAUAUUGAAGAUGAUGAUCAUGAGGAUGCAUCAGAUCAUGAUGAAACAGAUGAUGAUUAUGAGCAUUCAGCAUGUGAGACGUGUAGUGGCAGUGGUGACCAUGGAGAGAGUGAUUCUUGCGAUGAUAAGCAUAGUGAAAGGUCCAGUUCAUAUUCAAGGUCUCCUGAACAAGUUCAUGAUUUUCUAGCAAGCCAGAGAUCAUCAUCAGCUUCACCUCGUACUCCAGAAUCUCAGCAAGAUAAUCUCCAGAUAGUUGACAAAAACACAAAAAGAAAUAAUGAUACAUCAGUGGCUAUUGCUGACUCUACUAAAAUGCAUCGAGAUAUUCCAGCAGAGACAAGUUCCAUAAAAGAGCCUGAUAGUUUAAGUCCACAAAGAGGCAGCAAAAUGUCAGCAACUAAGGUCCUUGGGUCCUCACAAUUCAGACGGCAUAGGUGGGGAAGAACAUCGGCAAAAAAGAAUCUUUCCAUGGAAUCAAUAGAUUUCUCACUUGAAGAUGAAAAUGAAAUCCAACGACUUGAGGCGACAAAGCUUGAACUCGAAAAUAGAAUUGAAGAAGAGGCUAACAAUAACGCAAUUCUACAAGCAAGUUUGGAGAGACGUAAAAAAGCCCUAAAUGAACGUCGCUUAGCUCUUGAGAAGGAUGUGGCUAGGUUGCAAGAACAGCUACAAAAGGAAAGAGAAUUAAGAGCAGCAUUGGAAGCCGGAUCUGUGUUUGAUAUCUCCCAAUUGCCUGUCUCUAUCAAUGAAAAGACAAAGGUUGAGCUUCAGAAAAUUUCUAUAGCCGAGGAAAAUUUUAGUAACUUGAAGCAGAGGCUUGAUGAUAUUGACGCAGAGCUUAUUCAUCAACAUGAGCAGACUGCAUCCCUUUUGCAGGAUAGUAAUAAUAAAGUACAAGACUGUUUAAAUAAAGGGAAUAUGUUGAUAUAUAACAAGGACAAUGAAAUGAAAGACGAGUUACAUCAUGUCAAAAUACCAAGUAAAAUUGAGGGACAGCAGAGCUACAUGCAUGACAUUGAUCGGAAAAAUGCAUCAGCAAAGGGACGCCAGAAUAGUAAAUUUGACGGAACUGAUCGUGAUAAUGGUAGAAAAAUUGAAUCAUCAAAUAGUAAUCAACCAAAUGAUUUAUCAAGAGAUAUUUCCAAAUUGGGAUUGCUUCCAAAUAGUGUUUCAUCAAUGGAAGCCCCAAUCCCCAAAUCUAAUACCUCCACUACAAAGAGGACAAGUUCAAAAGGCGAGGGAAGCAGCUCUACCACCUCUGCACUGUCCAAACUGACAACCCGGCUCAACUUCUUGAAGGAAAGGCGCACACAAAUUGCAACUGAGCUCCAAAGCAUUGACAAAUGCCGAGGAUUAUCAACCCAACCCAUCCUAAGCCCUGGGAAAGGAAAAGUUCCAGAACCUACCCAUACCGUCAAUACUCCUGACAAAAAUCAAGGUCCUGAGGGCAAUUUCUUGGGUAACCAUGAAGAUCGUGUGCAUCAAUCAUCACAUAGUUCAGGAAAGGGUUUUGCAACAGAAGUUGAUAACAGGGACAGCAACAAAAAGACUGAUAAUAGGGAUAGUGAUAAUAAGGGUUCUAGCUCAAAGUCAGAUGCUUCUUUGCCACAGAAUCAGCAGCUACCCGAUAAAUUAAAAUCAGAAGGAGGACAAUCAUCAUCAAAAAAAUCAGAUAAAGGUCGACGACAAGAUGGUCAGCAAUCUAGUACCUCCAGGACACUAUCCAGAUGAUUAGUAGUCUGGAAAUACAGCGGUUUUCUAUUCUUAGACAGUCAUUCAACAGGAAUUUUCAUUUACUGUGACUCCAUGCUUAUGAUUAGAAUCAGAUUGAUAGAUUAGUUUAUAGUGGUGACUUCAAUACACAGUGUCCAAAACCUCAUUGAACCCUCUUUGUACAGAACCACAGGUGGCUGACUUUUCUUACAGUAGAAAUGGGGAAAAUAUGAUUUUAUAAAAUUAAUGUUUCCAUUUUACCAAUAAUUGACAUCGUACCAACUACAUUACUUUAGUCUAUCAAAAAUU